CUUAGCCAUAUUUCCAGACAUGCUGUUUGACGUGAACAAAGACUUGCUUGAACAACGAAAACGCCUUGUCACGAUGCGAUUCACAUUUUGGCAUGAUGACUUUCUUGUGGUAUCCCUGCCUAUCUCAAUACCAAGCUGACCAACUUUGCCUGUGCUUUUUGCCUAUGAAGUACCAGCUUGCUAAAUAAUGCACUAAGUCACCACCGCUCAAUGAGUUAUGUCGCCUAUGCUUGACGAUACAUCAUGCCUUCAUUUCCUCAUUUCCCGUCGGUUUCGCCCUUUGUGCCACCUCACAGGCCAUCACUGCUCUCCGUAGAGCGUGCGUUGAAGCUCAUUUGCGUGGGUCAACUCGUCCGCACUCUCCUCGGCCCAGCGUUUCAUCAGGGACCGGUACACGAACCACCCGCUCCAAGUGGCCGUGUUGUCAUAAUUCGCGGCCGUCUGCUGGACAGCACGCGGGUUGAGCAGCCGCCACACCCUCACAAUGAGCCGGGGCAGAGGCAGGAGAUUGAGAUCCUCCCCAGGGACCAAGCCCUGGUAGUGGUUGGCAAUCUCCUGCCUCCAUAGUGUGCCCCUGCGCUCUUGCUCCCGCAUGGCUUCGUGAUAGAUCAUAUUUUGAGAUGUUGUGGCUAUUUGUACCUCGAGACGGGUACGAGUGUUAUCCCAAAUUGUCCUCCUGUAGGCUUCAACGCCGUCCAUAAUCUGCUCGAGUGACGAGUUCAUGUCAGUGAUGUCCAAACGCUGUUGCAUAAUUGUCACAGCAAGGGGCACAGAGGGCGUUUGUGCAGGUGACGUACCUGGAGUUGGAGUGCCAGUCACCGGCGGCAACGAUGGCUGUGCACCAGCAGCAGAGGAAGGACCAGGUGCGAGUGCUGGCAAAGGGGGCACAUUUGCCUGUGCCUGCGCAUGACUCUGGCUCUGAUUGCGGCGUUGUCGUCUCUGCACAGGCGUGGGAGGAAUCCCGUCUUCAUCCUGCAUCUUUCGGUUCUCCCGACCGCACGCAGCCUGGAUGUAAUUCCAUGGCCGCGUCAUGGCCGCGUCAAGACGAGCAUCCGCUGGCAAUGCUUCCCAGAUCCGUCCGCCUGUCCAGCCUUCAGAAAGGAAGAUCCGGAGCAGACUUCCCCAGACAUGGUUUGGGUAUCUGGCACAGAUCUCUUCCAAAGACAAGCGAGCAGGCAGAACCGUGUCUGCCGGAGGAUAUCCGUUAUUUGCUGCUCGACCUUCUCGACCUCUUUCAACCAUAAUUGGUUGAAUAGUUCUUGGAACGUUAUCCUGUCCGAACAGUGCCAGAUGGUUAGCCCCUGAUGCAAGCCCAGGACCCAGUGUGAGCACUGCUUGCUCAUCAGGUAUCGGGCUUGCGGGGAAUCUCGGAUAUGGAUCUGAUUUUUGCACAUCUGCCAAAGUUCGUCGACGACGGGGAACUUGUCCGGGUGCAUGACGGUCCCUGGUAUUGUUGGCUGUGAUGGCUCCAGCAUCAUUCUCCUCCCCGUCGUCUGGUGCCGUUAUGUCUGGUUCUUCUGGGCUAGAUGGCUGACCAAUCAGUGUACCUUCAUUGUCGACAUACAGCGCACCGUUAUACACAGCCUCGGCUAAGCCGAGGGCCAUGCUGUUACGGACAUUGGGGUAGCCAAAGUCAUUGUUGCCGACCAGAUUAUCUGGCAGCUCACCAAACGUGUUAAGCAUGUUGUCACCAAACCCCUGUGUACGCGACAAUACUUCGCGACCAUUGUCAAAAGCCCACUCCUGCUUCCCGGCCUGCUGGUUGGCGAGUGGCUGCUGUUGAAAUGUCUGCGCAUUGUGAAAGUCGUUAUACCCAUAGCCUGGCAAAUUCGCACUGUUGUUGGCUUGAGAUGCAUUUGUCUGUGCUUGGACUUGCGUGUGCCGCCAGUCGCUGGUCUGGUCACGCUGACGGUUUGCCAAUAAUUCGUCAAUGGCGUCAUUGUCAUUGUCAAACGACAAUGCAGUUGCUUGCUGUUGCAUGGCCGUGUUUGGGAAUGGAUUGAACUGGCCGCCAUUGUUGGCAGGGUCAUUUCCAAUUCCAGCAUUGUUAACUGGGUUUGCCGCUCUCUGGUGUCCUUGCAUCUGCAUACCUACAAAUACGGGCCUUCGGUUGAAAUUGUAUGCUUCGUUCGGGGCAUAUCCAGUGAAAUUAGCUGGAACCGCCGCUGUCUGGUGUCCUUGUACCUGCGUGGCUGGAAAACCGGCCUGUUGGUUGAGAUUAUACUCGGAGUAUGGCGCAAAUCCUGUGGUAUCAACUGGCAUCACCGCUGUCUGGUGUCCUUGCAUCUGCAUACCUGGGAAAGCAUUCCGUUGGUUGGAACUGUACCCGGAUCUAGUACUGUUGACUGGCACCAUCACCCUCUGCUGUCCUUGCAUCUGCAGCCCUUGAAAACCGUUAAAUGGAUUGAUGUUGGAUGGGGUGAUGCUGUAUUGAUUUUGCAUCUCUGGUAAGUUGUUGUAUUGUUGUGUAUUGGCUUCGAAGUUCUGCCCAUAUCCCUGGUUGGCGCCAUUGAACGCAGCUCUCUGCAUUUCCUGCACAUCCACUUGUUGGAAGUUGUUGAGAUUGUUCAUAUUUCCAGGGAUAACUUGUUGGUAGCAUGGAUUGCCGCCAUAGAUUUGAGCUCCCUGAGGUUCCUGUAUUUGCAUCUCUUGCAAGCCUCUGUAUUGUUGCAUAUUGUGUUGGAUGUUCUGUGCAUUACCAACGUGUCCUGCAUGGAGCGCAGCUCCCGGAGGUUCCUGCAUUUGCAUCUCUAGCAAG